AUGGACAGGUACCAGAGGGUCGAGAAACCGAGGCCGGAGUCUGUUAUCAAGGAGAAUGAGAUCCGUAUUACGACUCAGGGGAUGAUACGUAACUACAUCAGCUAUGCAACUACCUUGCUCCAGGUCUGUCGCAUCCACAAUCUGGGCUCUCUCUCCUGAUGGGUUUUGGACUGUAGUUCCUUCUCCCUUGAGUGGCAUUGGUGAAUCAGCUUUCAAGUGUUUGGACAGUUCUAAUAUGCUGUCUAAUUCUGGAUAUUCUUAAAUGCUCUCGGUCUCCUCUCUCUGUCUCCCCCCUCCAUCCCCCCGCUGCUAUUUCUCCGUCUGUUGCAAACCAUCGUUUAUAUAUUCCAUCUGAUACUGUCUGACAUUAUAAGCGUAUAGCCUGAUGAUUAAUUCUCAUCCUUUCGAAUGCUCCAUAUAUCUGUUUCUGCGUAUCAUUUUAUGUUAGCAUUCGAAUUUUUUAAACCGAUAUUUCAUUGUUCUAAUGGGCUAACUAAUGACAUCAGUGUCCUUGUGCCUUCUAGAUUACAAUCUAUUACGUGCAACUUGUUAGACUCGCACCAGUUCUGAUUUCAAUUUUAUUUUUCUUUUACAUUCUGUUUCCCGAUGGCAGGGGUAACAUAUUUUCAUCCAUUUUCUUCUUGAGAUUUAAGGGAUCGGAUUGUAUAGGGUAAGCCAUCGGAUGUUUCGAUUCGAUGUCUCAGCACUUUUCUAUGCCUUUCUUAUCUUCAGUAGUAUAUCUUCGUGGUUUUUUUUUUUGUAUGCAGUGCACUCAGAGUUAAAUAAAUUUUCGUUCUUCACAAGACCUUAUGUGGAUACAAUUGAAUGGCUGAUGUUUCCUGGUUUUGGGCGGCUCAUUGCUCGAGGAGCAGUGAUUCCUGUGGAAAUUACCUGUUGUUUUGAUUUUUACAGUGCCAAAACACCAAGAAAUGAUCUAGGUUUUGCCCAGAAAAUUGCCUCCAUUUAGAGCAAUUAUUUUCCAAAGUUGUCCUCAUAUUGCAAAGUUAUCGUUACGAAGCUGGAUGCAUUCUCAACUUAUCCACUUGAGAUGAUCUAGACGAUAUCACAAGAGUGACCUGAAUUUGGUGAUCUCAUCUGCGGUUAAGCUCCGAGGUGAAAGUGGGCAGCCUCUUAAUUCCUGGAAUCCAUGUCACCAGUAAUCUCUUUCUCGGGUCACCUGGAUUGUAUCAUCACUGUGAGAAGCUCGGUUUAUGUGCCAUCUCCAAACGCCUUCAGGAACUCCCUGCUUAGGAAACCUCAGUGCAACUGUUAGCAAACAAAAUUCAGAUCCUUGAAUGUAUUAUUCUCAUUUUCUUCGGGUAACUUCACAUGUGAUUCAUCGUUGCUGGUGUCUUGAGUUAUGGGUAAGAAGCAUGCGACCGUGCUGUUUGAAAUAAGUAUAGUCUCAUGCCCAUCUCGUUCGGAUCUGCUAUUUACUCUUUUAUGACUUUUAUCCUCAUUUCCUUCCCAAUUUGGGUUCGCAUUUUCUUAUUUUCAAAUAUCUUUGGCCCCCUUACUUUUAAGGGCUCUUCACCUUGGUUUGUUCAUAUGGUUUUUUGUUGCCAUUCUGAAUUAUUCCGUAUCUCUAUUGCUUUAUUCAGGAAAAACGAAUGAAAGAAAUCGUAUUGAAGGCAAUGGGGCAGGCAAUCAGCAAGGCUGUUGCCAUUGUGGAGGUUAUAAAGGUUGGUGCCAUUCAUUGCACACAAUAACGACGUAUAGUUUCCAUUUUCUCACAUGCUGUUCUUGAUAUUUACGGAUUCUCGCUUCUGACAACAGAAGAGGAAUCCCGGGUUGCAUCAGGACACCAAGAUUAGUUCAACCAGUAUCGUUGACGUGUGGGAACCCAUUGAAGAGGGCCUUGUGCCGUGAGUCCUCUCUGUUUCUUUUUUCAGAUUCGGAAGAGGUCCCGGAGAUAGCUCUCAUAGCAACCUAAUGUUCAGUGGAUAUUUUGCAGUCUUGAAAUGACCCGCCAUGUCUCAGUGAUCUCAAUCACUCUGUCACUGAGAGAAUUGAACAAGAACUCCCCAGGGUAAUCUUUUUUUUUUUUUGUUGGUUCAAAGCUUCUAAAAUUGGAAACGAUGGAAACCAUGUUGUGCCCCUUUCUGAAUCAUGGUUGGGUUGAUUUCAUUGUCUUUAUCUUCUUCUUGGAUCUUCAGGUACCAAGCUCCUGCACAUGUGGGGCAGACCAGGCCACAGUAUCAGUACUAUCAGAAGCAGCAAUGGCAGCAGCAGCAGCAGCAGCAGCCCCCAGAGCAAGGAGGCCCAAGUUGCUGUGCCAGAAGGUACUGCCAUGUACUCCAAGACAGUUUCAUCUCGGCCAAAAGUUUAACUAUACACUGACCAUUAGGUCCCUAUGAUCUUCAGACUCAAACGGCCAAGGACACGUUCGCGGCCGAGGAAGAGGGCGUGGCUGGGGCAGAGGCGGAUACGGUGGUGGAUACCGCGGAGGAUAUGGUGGUAGAUAUGGUGGGGGUGGGUAUGGCGGCGGGUAUGGUGGAGGAUACGAUGGAGGGUAUGGGGAAGGAUACGAUGAAGGAUAUGACGAAGGAUAUGAUGGAGGCUAUGGCGGAGGCUAUGGAGGUUACAACAACAACAACAACAAUCGAGGUAUCAUACCACUUAUGGUCAUUCACCUGUUUCCGGAAUCAUGUUUUAGGCUUUUUGGGUUUGUUCUAUUCCAUGUCAACGAUAUGUUUGACCAUCUAGUCGUUGACUUUUGGCCAGAAAAUGGUGGAUGGAGCCAUGGUUGGGGCCGAGGUGGUGGCCGUGGCAGAGGCUGGAGCUAUCAGGGUAAGAAGAGUUCAUCACUGCUGCAUCAUGAGAUAGUCCCACAGUGACUGCCAGUAGGUCAGCUGGAUGACCCAUCACUCCUGUUGGGGAUAAGCUAAAUGCUCGAUAAUCCCCAGAUAAUUUGAUCUGCUGGGAGUUUCAUGAGGUCUUUCCAUGGCAGGUGCUGGGUAUGAGAGAGGCAGGGCCGGCGGCGCUGGGAGAGGAGGAUAUGGCCGAGCCAGGGGCAGAGUGGGCAGCCGGGGGAGGGGAAGUCAGGCCUAG